AUGCUGCCUUGCCCAAGCGAAGGCACAACCCGUGAUCUUCAAGGGGCGUGGUUUGGUGCAGCUACAGAUUGUUGUUCAGAUCACAAUCCUUCAAGUGUUUACUCCGACGAUGGGCAGGCGCAGAAUCCCGAAACCAACUUUUUGGAUGAAAAAAGCGGUUGUGCUGGUGGAAGCGCGUGGGCAAAACUAACAUCGGUUAUCCCAGAAUUCAAUGAAGGCAAUGAAGAACUCCCUGAGCUUCCCGCAUGUGUAGAGAAGCUCGGGCUGAGUCCCCUUGAGCAAAAGGUCUUUUCCUGGAUGAGGGAGCAAGAAGAAAAACCAUGGAGUUGUGAAAUUUCCACCUUACUUCCCGAGGGUGCAUCGCCUGUGGGGGAGCAAGUGGAGCAGGAUAGGGCUAAAGGCGGUAUACUAUUCGGUAUCGGCAGUGAUAAGCUGAUGGCACCCCUGCGUGCGCUGCGUGAGGUCGAUCAUCAGAGAAGCCACUCUACACUGGAAACCACCGUUUGCAUCGAUGGUGGUCCAAUGCUUGUGUUGUGUAAGAAACGCCACGUACGGCGGUUAAUGGAGAUUCUGCAUCAUGAUGGCGCCCACUCACUUUCCCGGGUUUUGGCUUACACCGGCCGAGGAAACGUUCACUUGACACCGACCCAGAUAGGUUCGGAUUAUGAUUAUGUACUCUCAACGUACAGUACACUUCGGCGUGAGCCUGAUCCGAGGUCCGAACUCCCAGGGAAACUGUACCUGGUCCACUGGAGGCGUGUUGUGCUUUUCGAGCCGUACUUCUUGUGUGACUUCACUCGCACUGAGAGCUACUUGUGCACUGAGUUGCAGGCAGACGCUCGGUGGAUCUUCUGUGGAGAACGGUUUGUAAUGCAAACACAUAAACUCUACGGGUUUGUUCGUUUCUUGAACGAGCCGUCGUUAAAGUCAUGGGUAUUUUGGAGUGAACGAGUGGCGGACAAGAAGGGAGUGGAUCGUUCGGUUUUCGAUUCUGAUAAAAACACGGAGCUGAAACGAGUGCUCUCUACAAUGUGUCGUCAGACCCGGCGGGCAUGCCUAAUAAGGGAGGGUGGCCGAGGCGCCAACAGUAUGAAUGUGAUUAAAGUCAACCUAACGGAGGAGGAGAAGGAGUUCUACAACGCUACAUUUGACAGGGCGGUGAGUAGUGUCUCCUCUUCAACUGAUCAGCAAACGUCGUGCCUCCCGGUACUCGAAAUCAUCAACUUGUGCCGUCUCAUUACCCUUCAUUUGUAUGUUGGUCGGGAGACUUUUCAACGGAUGAGCCCCCCGCCCCUCACUCCAGAAGAACGCGAGGAGCAGCUAACGUCAUUUUUCGACCUGCUUGCCAACGACGGAUUGCGCGAGCGUGCAUUCACCACAGAACUGAGGAAUAAGUUACGAAGUGGAGUUCUUGACGAAGAAUGUGGCAUUUGUUUUUUGAGGAUUAACACGCCUGGAAUCCUUAACUGUGCGCACUAUUUUUGCGUGGGAUGCAUUGACAAAAUCAAGAAAAGCGGUCGCCCAUACUGCCCCAAUUGCAGAACUGUGCUAAAUCAUCGGACUGUCGUUCCACCCGGGUUGCUCAAGUGCCCUGAGGACGAACCUGUACCGAGUGACUUUUCCCAGUGGGGUCCGAGCUCCAAGGCCGAGGUACUUGUCGAGAACUUGAAGAAACUCUCUGGCGACCACAGGGCGAUUGUAUUUGGUUGUUCAAGUCAAUUCUUUCAAUAUUUGCAAUGGUACCUGCGGCAACAUGGGAUGGAUACUUACACUUUUGGCAGCUGCAAGGGACUGCAAGAAGUGAAAAGAGUACAACAAUGGUUGGACAGCGGUGCCCAAGGGGCGAGUGCGGAGAGGAAUGAUGAAAGCAAGCAUCUACCUCGUGUUCUGCUCGUCCUAUUAACCGACUGCGACGAAGACGUGCGCUUCAAGGGUAUAACCCACUGCUUCUUCAUGCACGCGACGUGGUGUCCCAUUAUCGAGCAUCAUGCUCUUCAAUGCAUUGAACAUUGUGACGAGGAGAAAGAGUUGGAGGUGGUGAAGAUUUUAGCAAAUGUUGGGUUAGAACAGACAAUUGAUGAACUGUGCCAGAGGAAGCGGAGUGACGGUUCCGAUGAUUAUAUUACCUCAGCCGAGGUGUUUGAGGUGUUUAACGAAACUGCCAACGUCAAUGAUUUCAUGGUUCGUACCACCACACAGGUUCCGCAAAACGAAGAGGGCGAGAACAACGAAGAGGGCGAGAACAACGAAGAGGGCUACGAGAGUGACGAAGAGUACGAGGGCGACGAAGAGGAUGGUGAUAAUCAGUGA